AUGCCAAAUCGAAGACGUCGCGAGCCAGACCGGGCAGCUGCCCAAACGCAAAGAGCAUCGUUGGGAAAUGCUCAGGCAGCGGGUAUUCGGCGACAAAAUGCCCAACAACACCAACGGCAAAGAGCAAAUUUGAAUAGCGAUCAGGCAGCGGAUAUUCGGCGACAAGACGCACAACAACACCGUCUUCAACGAGCGAGUUUGGAUGGCGGCCAGAUGGAAUCUUUGAUCUCAAAAAUCAACAAAAUCCAAGAUGUCUUCGCUGUGGUCGGAUCGCGUGAAGCUGAGAUUCAGCUACCGCAAAUUGUUGUCGUUGGAGCACAGAGUGCCGGUAAGAGCUCGGUGAUCGAAGCUAUCGUGGGUCGUGAUUUCCUGCCAAGAGGUACUGGCAUCGUUACUCGUCGACCACUCAUUCUACAACUAUGCCACACAGCAGCCGAAGAUGAGGAGAAACGAAAGGGACGUGAAGGUGAUUGGGCUCAAUUCGAGCAUACCAACGCAAAGAUCUUUGACGAUUUCGAGUUGGUGAGAAAAGAGAUCGCUGAUGAGACGGAUCGAUCGACCGGAACAAAUAAAGGAAUUGAUGACAUGCCGAUUUCGUUGAAGAUCUUCUCGGAUCGUUUCCCGAAUCUGACGCUAGUUGAUCUUCCAGGAAUGACGAAAAUCCCUGUCGGCGAUCAACCACGUAAUAUUGAACAACAAAUCCUCAAAAUGAUCAUGCACUACAUCGACAACCCCAACUCGAUUAUCCUGGCGGUAACUCCCGCGAAUCAGGAUUUCGCUACUUCUGAACCGAUGAAAAUGGCCAAAGAUGUCGAUCCGGAAGGUGAGCGAACGUUGGCGGUUUUGACCAAGUUGGAUUUGAUGGAUCGUGGCACAAAUGCUUUGGACAUCCUAUCGGGUCAACUCGUGGACGUAAAGUUAGGAAUCGUCGGUGUGGUGAAUCGUUCACAGGCUGAUAUCAUGGCCGAGAAGCCAAUGGACGAAGCCUUACAAGCCGAGGAGGCAUUUUUCCAGAAAGAGUAUCCGAAUUUCGCGAAAACCCAGGGCACACGCUAUUUGUCCGUGAGACUUAAUGUGCUCUUGAUGAAUCACAUUCAUGAAUGUCUGCCAAGUUUGAAAGACCGAGUGGCAUCGCUCAUCAGCCAGUAUGGAGUCAAGUUGAACGUCUACGGAAGGCCGAUCGAGGACAAGAAUCAAGCGCUGCUGAAAAUCCUUACGAGAUUUUCCGCUGCCUAUAGGGCUACGAUUGAGGGUACAACGCGUUAUGUUGAAGCCGAAGAGCUAUGUGGUGGCGCAAGAAUUUGCUAUAUUUUCCACGAGAUCUACAGCAAGUUGAUGAACAGCAUUGAUCCAUUAAAGAAUUUGUUGCCAUCGGCCAUUUUGGCGGCUCUACGAAACGCAACGGGUGCCCGCCCAGCGCUUUUUGUGCCCGAGGUCGCCUUUGCGUUGCUUGUGAAAAAACAAAUCCAACGCUUAGAGGAGCCUUCAUUGAAAUGCGUAGACCUUGUGCACCAGGAGCUUCAGAGACUCGUUUCACAUUGUGGCAAAGAUGUUCAGCAAGAGAUGACUCGUUUUCCGCGUCUUUGCGAAGCGAUCAAGAGAGUUUUGGGUAACAUUCUGAAGAGUCGUCUCAACGAAACCAAAUCUCUGGUGGGAAACUUUCUUGCCGUUGAGGGCGCCUACAUCAACACUCGACAUCCCGAAUUCGCCGACGCGAAACUUAUCGAUUUGUUCAAAAAUUCAUUUGUCGAGAAUCUUGACGAACGAAACGAGCAGAAGGAGUUGGUCGCUCGGAAUGAGGCGAGAAAUGCGGCGAUGAGAAAAGAGUUACGAGAUCAGCAAAGGCAGCCCCAACGUGCUCAUCUGCAACAAGGUAAUUUGAACGAAAACACUUUAACAAAAGUGCCGGAGAAACUGGUGAAAGAGGAGCUGACGCCCAACGAACAACGCGAUUGCGAGAUCAUGGAACGUCUCAUCGACAGCUACUUUUCGAUUGUUCGCAAGAACGUUCAGGACCUCGUGCCGAAAACCAUUAUGCACAACAUGGUCGACUAUGUCACUGAGAACCUGCACGCUGAGCUCGUAGGCGCUCUUUACAAUUCGUCAAAGCUUAACGAGUUGCUCGGCGAAAACGAGCGAAUGGCUCAGCAGCGAAAGGAGGCGAUGGCAAUGUUGGAGGCUUUGAAUCAAGCAAAUGAUAUCAUUGGAGAAGUGAGCGAAAGUGAUUUGGUUGAUUAUGAAGUGUUG